CGCAUUUUUUGCCAAUCAUUUUAUUGUUUCUUUGGACAUGCAAUGUUUAACGCACUUCGACGUCUUCAUGGCCACAAUUUAGAAAAUCAAGGAUUGAACGAUCUUUCUGAUGCAUUCCAAAAUUUUGUUACUCGUGCGAGAUUUUUUAGUAUUGGUCGCCUCAGAAGAACAUGGUCACAUUCAGCCGUCGAAUUUAUAAAAUAUCGCCGUUUACUCCCAAUGUUAAUUUGCGAUGGGCAAAAUUUAGACCAAUAUGAUCGUAUGUUGAUCGUAUUUUAUUCUAAAAAAAUUAUUGUAACUAAUAUAUCACCCCGUGUCACCACAAACCAAUUAAUAUCAUUUUUUUCGAAGUUCGGAAAGGUAAAUCGCCGUACUUUUUUUUUAACUAUUCAAUUAAACUCCUGUCUUUUGCGUUGCGGAAUUCAUCUGAAAAAGCUGGAUUUAUCCGGAGUUGUUAACUUGCUUGAUAAUUCAGCUCUAGAAAUUGUGGCAUCCUUUUGUCCCAAUCUUAUCGAGCUGAAUAUUUCUGGUAUUAGAGCCCAUUGGCGCGCUUUGCGCACUGUUGGUGAAUCUCUUCCGAAAUUGGAAUCGUUAAUUUACAAAGAUAUGGUAAAUGUUACUGAUAAAUCAUUGUGGUAUCUUUUUCGUGUAAAUGGUGCUAAUAUAGUUUCUAUCGAUUUACGAGGCUGUCGUCGAAUAAAAGGCUAUUUUCUCAGCCUUUUUGGUGAAAAUUUGGAAACGGUAUUUAUUCGAUUAAAUCACUUUGUGCUGAUUACAUCAUCAGUAUCUCUUUUGAUUUUCAUUUUUAGUUUGAUAACUAGGAAUAUGAUCGAAUUACAUUCAUUUUCGCUUUCCGGUAGUUGCUUUGAUUCUCUCACAACAACUGGUCUCAUGACUCUCACCAGGCUUGAAUAUCUCACUGAAUUAUCGUAA